AUGAUAUCGAGAACACUUAAAAUAUACAAAUUCUCAAGUAAAAUUCCAACAGGUGUUUUUGAUUUUGGGAAUGUUUAUUAAGGAAUCAGUGCUCCUUCUAGUAUUAUGGUAGAAGACAUCAUAAGUAGAUUUUCUGCAUACACUCCUACGAAUAUGUAUAAUUCAUUAGAUGAAUACUCAAGAGAAAUAUUACUUUAUUUAGCUAAUGAUUUAGUAAAUAUUGUCUAUUAAUAAAAAGAGUUGGGGAAUGGGAUGGGGAAUCUUAGCAAUAUCAAUGGGUAUAAAGAUUGCUUUUACACCUUUAAUGUUUUCUGCAUAAUUAAAUGCAUGUCGUAUGAAAUUAAUAGAGCCAGAAACUAAGAAUUUUUAAAAUAUGAUUUAAAGAGCUAUGAGAGCAUAAGAUUUUAAAGCUAGUAGAGCAGCAUAAAAAUAAUUUAAACUUUUUAAAAGAAAACACAAUAUAAAUAUGUUAAUUCCAGGAUUAUCAAUAUUACAAAUGCCAUUUCUAUUCACAUGGUUUUUAUCAUUAAGAUAUGUAUGUUCUUUACCAGAUAAAUAUGAAGGAUUAAAAAGUCAAGGAUUUUUAUGGUAAUAAAUAUAUUAAAUAAUAGGUUUUAAGAUUUAAGUGAAUAUGAUCCUUAUGGUAUAUUACCAAUAAUGAGUUCCUUUUUUACAUUUUGGAACAUCUCUUUAAAUCCUAAUAUGUAAUCAUAAUCUACAGUUCCUUUUGCAAAGUAUUAUAGAUAUGUUAGAUUUUUACCUUUUUUUUCUAUUCCUGUUGUUAUCUUUUUCCCAGCUGGUGUAAAUCUUUAUUGGUGUUCCUCUGCAUUUUGUCAUUUAUUAAUUACAGCUUUAGCUAGAUAAGAGAAAAUUAGAAAGUAAAUUACAAUUUAAAAUCUAGGAUGUUUGGAAUCCCAAAAUAUUUACCUGGUACUAUUUUAGAAAGAUAAAAUAAUAUGAAUAUACAAACAAUUGUUAAAGCUGUUGUUUAAGAUAGAGCUGAUUUAAAUAAUGAUAUAACAACUACAACAACAACAACAGCUCCUCCAUAAAAAGAAGUUUAAACAGAUGCUUAACAUAUUAUUCAUGAAGCUAAAUCUGGAGAAUAAAAAGUUAAGAUCUUUUCAAAUAAACCAAAAAAAUAAAAAUGAGGAUUAUAUAUAAACCAUUAUAUAAAUUAUUGACA